GACUACAGGUUUUAGAGCACCAGUGUUCAUAUUUUGAAAUUGCAGCCAUAUUAUCUAAUCAGGAUAUCCCUAUGUUUCACGUUGUCCUCGCCCUAUUGAUCUCUCCCUACACUGUGUGGUAUGUAGGGUCUCUUACACAUUCUAUACACCCAUUUCUUUUGCCAGAAUAACAAGGAAGAAGCAACAAUGGACUCAGACUGUUACGUGAACGUCGAUGGCGUGCGGAUACCUAAGAUAUUUGGCGAGGAAAACUUUCGUUCGGCAGCCAAGUACAUCCCAAGAGAUGGAGACCUGUUCGUCGUCAGCCAUCCGAAAUGCGGCACGUCGUGGGUACAGUACAUCGUCUGCAGCAUCCUAACUAGAGGAAAGCCACCUAAUAACGUUGAAGAUCUUCACGCGAUGGCUCCCUUUAUCGACGUCAGUGGCGCAGCUGCUGCAGAAAAUCCCAAGAGGACCGGACCCAUUGUUACCCAUAUUCCACCAAGUCUCCUUCGCCCAAAUGACAGGGCAAAGUAUAUUUACGUAGCACGAAAUCCCUAUGACGCUGCCGUAUCCCGCUACUAUUUCCUUAAGGGAUUCACUCGGAAGACGGUCACUGAUGUCUCCUUCCAGAGAUUCCUUCCGUUGUUUAUCGAGGGAAAGGUGGGUUACGGUAACUACUUCGACCAUUUGCUGCCGUGGUACGACAUCCGAGAAAAACACAACGUCCUGUUCAUCACCUACGAGCAGCUUAAAGCGGACACAAAGGGGCAGAUCCUCAGGAUUGCAGACUUCAUCGGGAGCGAUCAUGGAGCCAUCUUGCGAGAAGACACUAAUACACUUAAAAAAGUCUUGGAUUCGUGCAGCAUGCAGAACAUGAGAAUCCUUCACAAUGAUGAUCCAGAGGAGAGAAUUAUAAAGUUUUCUGGUAUGUUUAGGAAUACGUCCACGACUCGUGACGAAUAUUCCUAUGUCACUCCGCCCGAGUCAAGGCAUGAAGGAUCGGGAUUCGUCCGAAAGGGAGCUGUUGGAGACUGGAGGAACCACUUCACUGCUAAGCAGAUUGAAAUUACAAAGGCGUGGAUUGCGGACAAAUGUAAGAACUCAACUGUCAUGCAGCUGUGGGCCGACCUGGACCUUCCAUGAUUCAUAGGUGAAAAAUGGUACUACAAUAAAGAAUAAAAAGCAGCG